GAUAUGCCCAGAAAGUUAUGGGAACUGGGAAGUCAUUAAAUUGACGGAAAUGAGGUGGUUUUCUGCUCAUCCACUUAACCACCUCGACGCAUUAAAUUCCAUAUACACGCACACUGCUCUGCUUCUUCUUCGUUUUCUCCAUCUCUUCUUCAGUCAAAUUCAAUCCCACCCAUCGAUACCAAAACCCAAAUCACACUCAUUUAUAUCAGCUUCUCUACUCAUCUAAACAAAAGCCAUUUCUUAGAUCCACUUCUUCCCUCGUAGAUCCGUGGAUACGACGCACUCUGCCACUAAUGGAGCCCUGUUUCUUCAACACUAUCAAAUCGCAGCCAAGUUGGGUUCUUUUUCUAUUCACUUUGGGAUGCUUUUCGAUUUUGAAAUUCUCUCUCGCGGUUCUCAGAUGGGUAUACGUUAGUUUCCUCAGACCUGGAAAGAAUCUUAAGAAAUACGGGUCGUGGGCUCUGGUCACGGGUCCGACCGACGGUAUUGGGAAGAGUUUCGCGUUUGAGUUGGGUCGUAAAGGGCUUAACCUGGUCUUGGUGGGUCGGAAUCCGGAUAAAUUGAAAGAUGUCUCGGAUUCAAUCAAGGCUAAAUACGGUAAGAUUGAAACCAAGAAUGUUGUUGUCGAUUUCAGUGGGGAUCUUGACGAGGGUGUGAAAAGGAUUGGAGAAGCAAUUGACGGAUUGGAUGUUGGGGUUUUGAUUAACAAUGUUGGGAUUUCGUAUCCGUACGCGAGGUUCUUCCACGAAGUGGAUGAGCAGCUUCUGAGGAAUUUGAUUAAAGUCAAUGUUGAAGGGACUACGAAGGUUACGCAGGCUCUUUUGCCUGGGAUGUUGAAGAGGAAGAAAGGCGCAAUCGUGAAUAUCGGGUCGGGUGCGGCCAUCGUGAUUCCUUCGGAUCCUCUUUACGCCGUUUAUGCUGCUACAAAAGCGUAUAUUGAUCAAUUCUCUAGGUCUCUUUAUGUUGAGUACAAGGAUAGAGGGAUCGAUGUGCAGUGUCAGGUUCCUUUGUAUGUGGCAACAAAGAUGGCAUCAAUCAAGAGAUCGUCCUUCUUCGUGCCAUCAACAGAUGGUUAUGCUCGAGCAGCAAUGCGCUGGAUAGGAUACGAUCCCCGCUGCACUCCAUACUGGCCUCAUUCCCUCCUCUGGGGUUUGGCACAUUCAUUGCCAGAGUUUGUUAUCGAUGCAUGGCGUCUAAGGUUUUGCCUUGGAAUCAGAAAGAGAGGGCAGCUUAAAGAUUCAAGGAAGAAGGAGUAGACAGUAUUCUGUAACUGCAGUAUUUAGUAUUUAUAUACCCUUGUUCUUUCAAAUUACCUUUUAUGCAUCUAAGCUUAGUGGUUUGUCUUAAUCGUCAGGCAUCGUUCUUAUAUUUAUUUUUAUUUUGCAACCUAAAUUGUUCUUGAGCAAUUCAGCGAACGGACACUUGUUUCCUCGAUGUUCAAUAGUCGCUUUUAUCUUUCUUGGACAUCA